GCUGUCGUCAUCUUCCCAACGAUUGCAGCUUCGUCAAUAUUCUUGGACUGGAAUCACACCAGGAAGUGGAAAAUAGCGGAGAGAGAACGUCUGGCGGCACUAAACAGCGAGGAGCUACAUUAGUACAGACAAAGAACAAGAAUGGCUAUUUUAGGAUUUACCCGUGAAUUUCUACUAAUGGUUGUGCCCUUAACUGGGUAUGCCUUUGGCUCCUGGAUAGACCGUCAGGAAUCCCUGAGAAUGACACGCUUCAGAGAUAAAUCUGCGCUCUAUGGCAGAACACUUGCGCCUGGCGAACCUCCGUCAUGGCCAUGAAUUGAAAUAUAAGUAUAUUGGUUACCGUAGCAUGAUGAUUUAUUAUAAUAAAGAGAAAGAGCGGAGAUAAUGAAACGAUA